AUGCGGUACCAGAAUUGGGAUGUUCUUCUUUUUCCCGAGCAAUCCAAGAUUCCGCAGCAGGAGUUCAAAACCGCAUGUCAAGUUAUUCAGGAUCAUGGUAUGGAUGGGGCCUAUGGGCUUGUCUUCUCAUGCUUUUCUUCCUGCUGAUGCCAGUCUCAGACGCCCAAACUUUGCAGACCAACCCCUCCUUGCUACCCACCGUCACCUCCUUCAUCCCCGCCUUGCCGCCUGGUGCACACUUUCGGGUCUCCAUACACUCUUGGGAGAAUCCUGAAAUAAGCCGCUUUAUUCAGAGCAUCAAGAAAUCAACGGACAAAAUCAUGUUUGAGGCUCGAGUUUUUUUAGAUGGACGGAUUGCCGGGUAUUGUUUACAUGUCCAUCUUAUAUCGGCCUAGCCAUGCUGAUGUCGGUUGGUGGUAGUUCGAAAUGGUUUAGUCAAGAUGGACCAUGGCCAACCAUUCUUGAGCUUAGUAUUGGUAUGGACACUUCUGUCGAAUCUCAGGGUAGGAUCUAAUCAAUACUCGUCUCUCACAGACCUCGACAAGCAUGGCGAAUACGAAAAGCUCAAAUUUCCGGCUUUCCAUCAGGAAUUGUUAUCACAAAGCUAUUGGAAUGCCUGCGAUGAUUAUGGCCGUGUAAAAAUCAUUAUUGCCGAGGGGUUCACACGGGACAACAUGACAUAUCCUUUUGAGCGUGUCAAAAACCUCGUAUCUUUCUCCUUCCAACAUGCUCCACUUGGCAAGCUCUCCCCCUUACAAGCCUGAUUCCAACUCCUAUUGACUCUUUUCUGCAGAUGUACUUGAGACUUCUGCAAUCGCAUGGCCAAACGCCGCUAUGUGGAGACAAGUACCUGUUGUCGGGCCUUAUUAUGCACCACACUUCGCGUCGCAGCAAGCUGAGGAAGAUACUGAAGCUCAUAGCCACUCUCCUCGUCGUGCGAUCAUGGCAGCCAGGCCUCCUUUGGCAACUUGCAAUAUGGAAUCCUUGUACAAUCAACCAGUAUACCUACGACCAUCCAUGCUUGAUCCCUUUACGGAACCCUCUUUUAGUGGAUGGCGUCAGUCGUCAGUCCGUCAGUCAUCAGCAACAGAUGUAUCAAUGCCCGAUUAUACCAAACCCAAUACCCGCACAGGUAGUGUUCGACAUUUUACGGACCCAAUGUCAGUUUCCGAUAAACCGGAUCGAAGAUUCGAGUCGUUGCAGAUGCCAGGAGCCUACGAAACCAUAUGUGAGGCCUUGAUGCCUCGGGUUCCAGUAAACACGCCCCAGAAUGGAGAACCAACCCCAGGUAGAAUAGAGACGGUUGCCCCCUCGGUGACUCAAACGCCUUUGACAUCUGGAGCAAUACAUCAUCCAUUAGUCAAGAAGCCCAAUGCGACAAUGAGUAAGUUGGCGGAAAUACCAUUUCAUGGUCAGGCUAACCAGCAGCUACAGGCAAGGCAGAUAGUGAGGCCAUAACAGCCACCUUGUUGACCAACGCAGACUCCAGCUUGAGUGGUAUUAAAGGCAGAAAGGAGAAGAUGCAAGAAUCCCCUCGUGGUGUGGAGCAGCCUAUUAUAGGUAAUGAAAACGCAGCUGGCGCAGCGAGAAAAGUUAGUCAGCCAUUUUCAAUUGCCAAUCACGGUACCAAUAAACGACAACGAGUUGUUACUCCAGCAGCCUCCAAGGUGAUUGACGAUGAGGACGAACCAAGAAGCUCUCCCGCGUUCAGGAAAACCUCUGGAAUAAGCAGCAAAUCUGAGCCACCGCCACCACCACCUCACAGAGAGCCUCAUAGGGAGGGUGACGUACGAAUCCUUAGCGGAAAUCAGAAUAUUCGCUAA